AUGAAGAACUCCCACCUGCCGUUGAUGCUCCUGUGGUGGGCGUUCAUUCUGAUCCUCUCCAUGGAUCUCUCCGGCGCCCAGGCCUGCCAUUUCUUCUAUUUCGUUCAGCAGGUAAGCAGAUAUAUACGCGUCAUGCCGUUGAUUAGGACGUUGAUUCGUGGGUAUAAUUAGUUUGUCUGAUGAGUCCAAUGAGAUGUGUUGGUUAUAGUGGCCGGGGUCGGUCUGUGACACGAGGCAGAGCUGCUGCUACCCGACUCCCGGGAAGCCAUCGGCGAACUUCGGCGUCCACGGGCUAUGGCCUAACUACAACGAUGGCGUCUACCCCUCCAACUGCGAUCCCCACAGCCCUUUAGACCUCUCCAAGGUGCCCAUCUCCCUCUCUCUCUCUCUCUCUCUCUCUCUCCUCCUCUCUCUCUCUCUCUCUCUCUCUCUCUCUCUCUCUCUCUCUCUCUCGCUCGCUCGCUAUGUAUAUUUUUAUAUAUAUAUCUCUUCAUAUAUCUAUGUAUAUUUGUGAGCCCUUGUCCUGAAUCCAGUCCUACCCAUCUAGGGACCACCUUCUUGACCCUUCUUCUGUUGACUCCGUCCGGCAGAUCAGCGACCUGCUGGGGCGGAUGCAGUCGGAGUGGCCGAUGCUAGCAUGCCCAAGCAGCAGCGGCCGCCAGUUCUGGCAGCACGAGUGGGAGAAGCACGGCACCUGCUCCGAAUCCGUUCUCGACCAGCGCCGCUACUUCCUCACGGCCCUCGAUCUCAAGCGGGAGGUCAACCUCCUCGGAACCCUCCAAGCCGCCGGUGAGCACAUUCUCGAACGCUCAUGGUGGUGGCGACGUUUCUCCCUCCUCUUGCUCUUCUUCAGGUACCUUAUUCAUAGCUGUUAAACUGUUCACAGUUCUUCAGAUUCAGUCUCCACGACUCUUAAUAAACUACUGAAAUCACGUGCAUUUUCUGAUCGAUGAGACAACCUGAAAAAUAAUAUUUGAAUAGAAAGUUAGUACCCAUAAGAAUGUCAUUACUAUAUUCAUAUCCAAUUUCUCGAGUCAAAUUCAAGACUUUUUACUACCAUACCCUAACGUUGUAGUUAGGAUAAUUCCAUAUUUAUUAGCACGAAAAUAAUCCAUUAUAAUAGAUCUUCCAUACAAGACACUAACCCAAAGAGGUGGCAGGCAUUCAGCCGGACGGCGGGUUCUACAGAUUCAGCAGCAUCAGUAACGCCAUCAAGGCGGCAACCGGCCACACGUCGGGGAUCCAAUGCAACAUCGGCGAAGACAAGAACAGCCAGCUGUAUCAGGUCUACCUCUGCCUCGAUAGCUCUGCCAAUAGCUUCAUCGACUGUCCCAUUCUCCCCCGGAGCAGCUGCAACUCCGACAGGGUAGCUUUCCUGGCUUUCUGA